AAGUGUGGAUUUGAUCAUGAGCAAUCUGUGCUCCCUUGUGUCGAAUUUACACUGUCUGGUUUUCUUCUAUGCGCAUCGGCGGCAAAACCUCAAAGGUUAUGUCGUGGUUGCCAUGACCCUCUUCUGUGUCUUCGGAUAUUUGUUUUGCAACAAAUCGGUCCUGACAAAACAAUGGGAAUCGAAAUCGUCUUUGGAGCAUUGGGAUGCUUCACACAACUAGUUUGCCAUCUUUAUCAGAUAUUCGACUUGAUGAGGAGUACAGCUGAGAGAGUGGAGCUUAUCUCUGUCCUACUAAAUGUUAUACCUAACACACUUUUGGGCGUGGUAUCGAUUGUGAUCACUUACUUGAGGCAUCGAGAGCAACUGUUUAUGAAUAUUUUAGGUUGUCUUAAUUUGAUCUGUUAUGUUCUGGAGUUUAUACUAAUUCUACGAAUGUGUGAUCGAGUGAAAAACUUUUUUGGUUCAGAACGCGAAGGUGACACCGAUGGUAUUCAAACGGCAAAUCUGGGAGUGGCAAGGGAUACACCGAUAACAAGAGCAGAUCCUACAGUUUCUUCUCAAGCAUUUUUUGAUCAUAUUAGAGCCUUGCGUAAUGGCCAUGAGACCCUGGACGACAGCAUGGGUGUGUGAUGCAGAAGACGAAGAGAUCGUGGUCUGAGCGUUGAAGCUGAGCACAGGGGGGCACCACACGAUGUCAAGAUGGAAGAGGCUUCACUUCUUUUCCAUUAUGUUUAGGGAAACACAUGGGCUACUUUGACCUUCCAUGUACAGAGCCGAUUAACCUGCGCGCAGAAUGGUGCAUGAUGUGACCGUAUACGAUAUGUCUUGCCGAUUCAUCAAGUGUUGCCUAGGAUAAGACGCAUAGGCACAGAGGGUGACGGUAUAAAGAGGAACGCAUACACAUUCAUAUCACCUGUUUAGUUAGGCGACAUAGAAUUGCAAAGAUCCAAAACAAUCUGUUCUGGAUUUUUUUUUCUUUUUGGCGGGGAAUCUGUUAUGGAGUUUUUGUAGCAAUGUUGUUACAUACAGAAAAUUCGAUCUUAAUGGGGGCGCCCGCAGUAUCUUUUGCUGGCAUACUCCAAAUUUUGGUAAA